AUGGGGGAGUAUGCUCGGCAGAAGAAUACGGCAGAUAAGAUCAAUUACUUGAUUCUAGACUAUUUUAUUCAUGAAGGGUAUAGUGAGGCUGCAUCGACAUUUGCCGCGGAGUUGAAUAUAGUGCUAGAGAAAGGGCCUAGUAAAGAUGAAAAAAGCUUGGUAUCACAAGAGAAGGGUCUGAUGAGACCAUUUGCCGAUAAGUUUAGGGAUGAGGAUAAGGAUAAGGAUAAGGAUAAGGAUAAGGACAAGGAUAACGAGUUUAGCCAGUUGAGCAGUUUUAGCAAGCUCAAAGAUAACGAAUGUUGGGACGUAAUAUUAAACUACUACCGUAACAAAAAGAAUCAUCCUCGAGUUAAUGUAGCUCUAAACAACAAAUGCUCAGCGAGUAAUAAUUUCAUAAAAGGGUAUUCCACGAUAAGGGAAAGACGCAAGAUCAAGUCACUUUUGCUAAGAGGAAAAGUAACCGAAGCCAUUUUCGAGAUUAAUCAACGUUUCCCUCUAUUACUUGAUUCAAACAAUUUCUUGCACUUCAAAUUACUUCGACUAAACUUGAUUGAAAUGAUUAGAAAUCAUAAAUCCUCACCGCAGAUGGAAGCAAACGAACGGGUGUUUUUGAACAAAGUAUUGGUCUUUGUGAGAAGCAAUAUGAUCAACAAAAUAUCAAACCUGUAUAAAUUGUUGAAGGAGCUUGAAAUAACAAUGAGUCUCUUGUGUUUCCGAUUUGAUCCCAAGGUGAAAAAUUUGCAAGAUCAAAAAGAAUUACCUCAGGAGUUGAAAAAUUUCUUCAACUUGAAUUUAAGAAGUCAAGUUUUCCGGUUGGUGAACCAGGCAAUAUUGGCCGCUUAUGAAGAAGGAAGUCUUGACAAGAUAUCUCAUCAUAGAGCUAAUAAGGAUGUAGUUGGUGAUGUUUUACUGGAUAUGAGGAAACCAAGUAGUGGUAAGGAAGAAAGCGAACUAGAUGUUGAAUGUGAGUCCACAGACAGUAAAGGCUUGUCGUUGUUUCAAACAUACACAGGACCAAAGUAUAGUGAAUUUGACUUUACCAACUUGGACAAGGUUGAUGAGAACAAAAACUCAAAUAAGAUGGAGGCUGAGGGGGAGGAAGGAAAAGACAAGGAAGGGGCAGAGGAAAAGGGACAGGAGGUGUUGGAGGAGGAAGAGGAAGAGGAAGAAGAAGAUGAUGAAGAAGAAGAGGGAAGGGCCGUUGACGUUAAAUUCGAGAUGGGCUUUAAUAUGGGGAGAAGCCAAUUAGAUAUUGAUUCUAGAGAUAUGGUACUGCUUGAUUUGGAUCAAAAGAAUGAUGAAGAAAUGAAAAACCUAAUAAGGCUCUCUUUAGAAAGCAAGUUGGAAAAAGUUGUUAAGCUAUAUGUCUUGACUGAACAAAGGAAACUUGAUUUGAAGAUAACGGAUGCAAAGGAUUAUUCAGCAUUUGAUGGGUUUUUUGUAUAA